AUGGAAUUUCACCUCUGGUGGAACGGACCAACUUGGCUACACGAUGAAGAUGAGUAUAUAGUCAAAAUGCAAAACUCAGAACUCUCUUUGAAUAUUUCCGAAACCCAUGCACAGGACGAAUUGAAGACAACAGCCAUGCUCACUCUGAAGGAGAUGGAUAAUUCAUUAUCAGAAUUUGACGAACUAGUCCACCGCGCCUCAUCCUGGCAAAGGUUGGUACAUACCGUGGGCUAUAUUUUACGUUUUAUUCAAAGACUGAAAGAGCCGCGAAAACGAGUCGAAUCCACGAUACUGUCUUUUGAAGAAAUCAAGGCAGCACAAAUAGUAUGCCUGCGGAACGCACAGGCGUGCUUUGGAUAUGACAGAAGGCUUCUACAAAAGGAUCAACCACUGCGAAACAGGUCGCAGUUAUUCAAGCUAACCCCAUACAUUGGACAGGAUGGUCUGCUACGAGUUGGAGGCCGUUUGAGGCAAUCUCAAUUACCAGAAGAAGUCAAACACCCGAUAUUACUCCCUAAGGCACACCACAUUACGAAGCUAAUCCUGGAACACGAGCACUGGGUAAACUUACAUCCAGGCACAUCUGCACUGUUUGUAAUAGUUCGCCAACGAUAUUGGAUAAUUGGAGCACGCAACCUGAUAAGAAAGAUCUCCCACAACUGUAUCAGAUGUUUUCGUCAAAGACACCAUACUACGCAUCAACUCAUGUCCGACUUGCCAAGUAUCAGAAUCACACAAUCAAUUCCCUUCGUCAAUUCUGGAUGUGAUUACGCUGGACCAAUUACUCUCAAGGAUCGAAAGGGUCGCAACGCUAAAAAGGCAAAGGGAUACAUAUGCCUCUUCGUGUGCCUCGUCGCCUCGGCACUACAUCUGGAACUAGCCACUGAUCCCAGCACGGAGACAUUUCUGGCAGCUCUGAGAAGAUUCAUGUCGCUCCGAGGAAAAUGUGCACAAAUCUACAGUGAUAAUGGCAGGAACUUUGUCGGAGCAAGGCGAGCAUUGGACGAGAUGCAACAACUCCUGGCAUCUUCACAGCAUAAGGACAGUAUCGUGGAUUCGACUCGUUUUCGUGGUUCUUUCAGUCUUUGA